AACCCGAAACCCACAAAAUGUCCAAAUAUUUCAUAUACCUCUGCCUGGUGCUGUUGUGGACAAGCCACCGAUCGAGUGCCGAUCACUUCGAUGAGUGCGAUGGUGUCGAAGACGAGACAUUUGUCCAGAGCUGGGAGAGCUGUCAGUCGUACGUCUAUUGCCAGGGUGAGGACUCCAUUAAGGGCGAUUGCGACGACGGUGAGUACUUCGACGGCGAGACGGGGGGCUGUGACGCGGCGGCCAAUGUACAAUGCUUUCUGGACGAAGUCGAUGAGCCAGCAGAACCGGAACCUGAGCCCGAACCGGAAGAACCCGAAGACGGCAACGACUCGACACCGCCGACAGAAGCCCCGUCGCCUCCGAUACAGGAGCCCCCCACCGAGGUUGACUUCCUGGACAUUGCUCCGGUGGUUAAGCCGAACUGCCCCUUCAGCGACGAUCCCAGCCAGGUGAUUCUAAUGGCCAGCAAUGAAUCAUGCAGCAACUACUAUCUGUGCUACCACGGGCAUGCCAUGGAAAUGCACUGCACCAAUCAAUUGUACUUUAAUUCAAUCUCCGGGCAGUGUGAUCUCCGAGAGAACGUCCAGUGUGCGAUUGACGAUCCGAGAGACCAUAAGUGCCUGCCCCACAUGACGGAAUUUUUUCCACAUCCGGACAAGUGCAACUAUUUCUAUUACUGUAUUAAGGGCUUCCUGACGCUGCAGCAGUGCCCCUUCUACUACGGCUGGGACAUCGAACGGAGGAGCUGUGUGCAGAUAAAUGUUGCGAAAUGUUACGGAAACUCCAAGCGUUCCAAGCGAACCGGAAACUCCCAGAAACUCUUGAAAAACUCAUUUCAACUCCGGGGGAAGUUGUCUAGUUUAGUCUGAUAAGAUCCGUCUUUAACGAUAAGUUACACAUUUGUAGAACAUGAGACCCUUAAUUAAAUAUAUAACUUAUUUUGGAA